ACCGAUUAUCGAGCCGCCCUUCUUCCCCACCAGCUCGCGCCGCAGGGUCGGGCGGACGUUAACUCACAACAACCCCGAGUUCAUUUCUUCCUCUAGUUGAACAUUUUUGCGAUAUAAAAUGCAGAGCCUCUAUCGCUGUGAUAACGAUUCCCCUCUCCUGCUGCCGUCGCUCCGCCUCUUCAUCCCCCCGCUGCGCCUGGUGUCUGCGGCCAUGUGGCAGGUGGUGCAGAGGGGCAGUGUGCAUGACUAUGGGAUGGUGGAGGAGUUCAUCAGCACAGUCUCAGAAAUUGUUCCUGAUCUUUUGAACGCUGAUCAGAAAGCUCAACUCCUCCUUGGACUCCGAGCCCGGGUGGUUCUGGAGUUGUGUCGUGCGGAGCAGAUACAAGACACAGAAACCAUCGAGAUGCACCUGGAGCGGAUCAAGACCCUCGUUUCCACUUGGGCGGCUCAGCCAUGUUUUGCAGAGGUCGAGUUUCCAGAAUCCAACUUUGCUGAUCAAAUUGAGUUGCUGUUGAAAGACCCCGAAGAGAAGGAGAAGUUUUUCCAGGAGGUUUUUCCUACAGACUUUGGGCCUGACUAUGACAGUGCUCUUCAGGUGCUAAUGCUGGACUUCCUCUCCAGACUGGAGAAGCUUCUACCUGUACCUGACAUUCAACAGACUGCCUCCAUGCUCAGUGCGGUCCCCUCUGCUCUGGAGGAGUGUGUGCACUCUGUUCCCGACCCUCAGCACCUGAGGACCGUCCUCCAGUACCACACCACGCUGGGACAUUACGAUUUAUGUGAUGAAAGUCAGAGCAUUCCCUCUUCCUUUGGGAACUGCAUCCUGUCCUCGCUGUCCCUCCCUCAGCUGGAGAAGGUUGUGAUUGACGCAGACCAAAUCCACCUACAGCCCCAGUCAGAGCAGAUGCAGGGCUGCGUGACGGUGCAGGUGGAAGGGGAAACUGUGACUUUGUUGGACUACAUACAGAUAGAGCAGGCUCAGCCUCUGGUUGAGCCUGACGAGGAAGAAGAACGUGAAAUGAACGAAGAGGAAACGGAUGAGGAUGUGAGUGACGCUCUAAAGCCAGCAGCUUUUCGACCGCUGAAACAAAGCAAAAGGCUCCAGGUUAAGAGGAAAGCUAAAAAAGAAAGCGACUCUGAGGCGGCUAAGAGGCAAAGGAAAAAGUUCCCUAACAAUAAAACGUGUCCCGUGUGCAAUAAGAUCUUCCUGCGGGCGGCAGCCAUGAGACGACACCAGGAAACUCACUCUGCUAACCGGGAGUUUAAGUACAAGUGCUCCAACUGUGACAAACGCUUCAGGGACCAUUACGACAUGAACCGGCACAACAUGCGCGUUCACGAGAAGGACGAGAACGGAACCAGCCCUAAAGAGGAAGAGGAAGCAGAUCCCAGCACUUCUGAGCUGUCGGAAAACAAAAACUGCGCUCUGUGCGGGAAGUAUUUUGGCCGCCAAGUAGACAUGGAGCGGCACAUGAGGUCCCACUCAGAGGACCGGCCGUUCAACUGCUGUUUCUGCGAGAAGAAAUUCAAGAAUCCUUACGUUUUAAAGAGACACAAGCAGGAGAUCUGUAAGAGCCGAGAGGUGAAAAGGCCAAAGAAGAAGGAGAUCCAGCGCCCGACUACACAGCCACCGACGGAGGGCUCGACGGAGGGCAAAGUGUGUCCUAUCUGCAACAGGAUAUUACCGUGCACUGCAGACAUCGCAAAGCAUUUACGGUCUCACACGGAAGAGCGUCCUUUUAUCUGCAUUACAUGCGAAAAGGGCUUCAAGUACAAGGACACGUUGAAGAAGCAUCAGAUCAUCCACGGUCACGAGGGGAUCAGGGAGGAACAGUGCAAGACGGUGGAACAGAUUUUAGCCGAGGCUGAUUUAUGUAACCUUGAUAAGAAAAGUCUGGACGUACCUGCAGAAGGUUCUGAGGAAUCGGCUUCAGCAUCCGUGCAGAAAGUGAAGAAAAAAGGCCCUAAAGUUUGCCCCGUCUGCUCUCGGGGCUUCGACAGUGUUAAGACUCUGAACAGGCACAUACAGUGUCACACAGAGGACCGUCCGUAUCAUUGCAUCCACUGCAAGAAGCGCUUCAAACACAUGCAUGGGCUAAAGAGACACCAGAUUUACGCCAUUUGUCACAAGAAAAUCACCCGAUUCUCGUGGAAGAAAGAGCUGAGAGCAGGGCCCAGCCAGAGCGAAGUAGCCGACGCUGAGCAACAACAGGGCACUCCUCUGAAAAUACCCGUGUGGUGCUCAAACUGCGGCAAACACUUCGAAUACCCGUCCGCUUUGAAGGAGCACCAAGAGAACGUUUGCAAAUUAGAAAUGAGCGAUAUCAUGAGAUGUGACGACUGCGGGAAGGAGUUCAAGAGCAUGACGAUGCUCAAAGUGCACCAGAGGAUCCACGACGCGCUCUACUGCAAGGAGUGCGGGAAGAUCCUCGCCAACGAGCCGGCCUUCGAGAGGCACAAGCUCAUGCACCGGCCCAUGCAGUGCACCAUGUGCGAGAAGAGCUUCACCCUGCUCCGGCGCCUGAGGGAACACUACGAGAAGCAGCACGAGUUCACCGGCCCGUUCCCGUGCCCUCAGUGCGACAAAACCUUCAUCCAGCUCUCUUACCUCGCCAUCCACCAGAGGAUCCACAAGGGGGAGUUCCCGUACAUCUGCAGCAUGUGCCCCGAGAAGUUCAGGUCCUCCAACUGCCUGACGGUGCACCUGAGGAAACACACCGGGGAGAAGCCCUUCCUGUGCUGGCAGUGUGGGAAGUGUUACCGCUCGGCCUCGGAGCUCACGGUGCACAUGGGCACUCACUCCGAGGAGAGGCCCUGGAGCUGCACACAGUGUGAUUUGGCGUACCGCACCAAGCUGCAGCUGACCAACCACGUGGAGCAGGUGCACAUCGGGGUCCGGUACCCCUGCAACAGCUGCGGGAAGCAGUUCAUGAAGGAGACGUCCCUGAAGAGGCACGAGCUCAUCCACACAGGGGAGAGGCCGCACCAGUGCACCGUGUGCGGGAAGACCUUCCUCACCGCCAACGAGCUCCGCCUCCACAACCGCUACCACACCGGGGAGCGGCCCUACAAGUGCGAGGUGUGCGGGAAAGCCUUCAUUCAGUCGGGGUAUCUCAAGUCGCACAUGCGCAUCCACACAGGAGAGAAGCCAUUUAAAUGUGACGUGUGUGAUAAAGGUUUCCGGUUGUCCUAUCACAUGAAGAAACACAGGCGGACGCACGCCGGUAAGCUAAAGAGCUACGUGUGUGAGGAGUGUGGGUUAGCCUUCCUCCAUAAGAAGGCCCUCUGGGAACACUCGCUCAGCCACGAGGUGAAAGUCGAACCGUCAUUCACUGAGGAAGUGAGAAUAGAAUUUCAAUAGACAUCCCUGUGUUUUAGUUCUAUAUAUUAUAUGAGGAUAAAUUAUGAGCUGGAAUCAUCAUCACCAAAUCACUUCAUUCUUAAUUUGCUCUCCGUUAUUUGAUCUUGACCAAUUUGUUAGUUGGUUCUCUUUUCCUUGUUAACUACACAGUCACAUGCUCUGUAAACCACAUUGAAGAUCUAUGAGGAAUGUAUAUAUUCAAAGCCAAUUCAUAUUUUCUGCUUCAAUGGCAUUUUCAAAUAAAGUUUAUCUUAAAUGUA